AUGCCACUCCUACGAGGCAUUAAGCUGCAGCUCCCCAAGACAACUGUCAGCCCGGUCGCUGCUGCCCCUGUACCCGUACUGCAGCUGCUGCCUCCCACCGCCGCCCGCCGCGCACUCAGUUUUUGCGUGCCUUCUGCCCGACCCAGUCCCGUUUCCACAGUCACUCGUCGACCCCCGAUUCAGGCCCCGUCCCGGGCCAAUCACUCAGCAACCCUGGCGGCACACACCAAGCCGACGCCCGGGUCUUCUACCCCUCCCCCUCCAUCCCUCCUUGCAUCAUCCGCCAACGGCACCCCUCCUCGCCCGUCACAAUCUGCUGCCGCCCCCGGUAUUAAAUCCAAAAUUCCCUCCCAACGCACCGCGCAGAUUGCCCGUCACUUCUCUACCAUCUCCAAGGACUCUGACCCAAGUUUCCAUCACCAAACGCCCGCAAUGGCCUCUCCCUACUCCCUCCGCAAGGUUGGUGCUCCUAACACCUUGGAGCACCGUGUCUACAUCGAGAAGGAUGGCAUCCCCGUGUCCCCCUUCCACGACAUCCCCCUCUACGCCAACCAGGAGCAGACCAUCCUGAACAUGGUCGUUGAGAUCCCCCGCUGGACCAACGCCAAGCUCGAGAUCUCCAAGGAGGAGCUCCUCAACCCCAUCAAGCAGGACAUCAAGAAGGGCAAGCUUCGCUACGUCCGCAACUGCUUCCCCCAUAAGGGCUACCUCUGGAACUACGGUGCCUUCCCCCAGACUUGGGAGGACCCUAACGCCAUCCACCCCGAGACCAAGGCUAAGGGUGACAACGACCCUCUCGAUGUCUGCGAGAUCGGUGAGCUUGUCGGCUACACCGGUCAGGUCAAGCAGGUCAAGGUCCUCGGUGUCAUGGCCCUGCUCGACGAGGAGGAGACCGACUGGAAGGUCAUUGUUAUCGACGUGAACGACCCCCUGGCUCCCAAGCUCAACGACGUUGAGGACGUCGAGCGCCACCUGCCCGGUCUUCUCCGCGCCACCAACGAGUGGUUCCGCAUCUACAAGAUCCCCGACGGAAAGCCCGAGAACCAGUUCGCCUUCACCGGCGAGUGCAAGAACAAGAGCUACGCCAUGGACGUCGUCCGUGAGUGCGCCGAGGCCUGGGAGAGACUCAUCACCGGCAAGACCCAGCCCGGCAGCGUCUCCACCGCCAACACCACCGUCAGCCAGUCCCCCGCCCGCCUCGGCUCUGACCAGCUUCCUCCUCUGCCUCCCAACCAGGACCUCCCCGCCGAGAAGAUUGAUGCUUCCAUUGACAAGUGGUUCUUCAUCAGCGGUGCCUCCGCAUAA